AUGACAGACGUGGGCACCUGCACUCUCUGCGACAACCUCGUGCCUUCAACAUGUCAGAUACAUCCGAUUACGACCGCACGGCUCUUUGUGACCUUCAAGCACCGUCACCUCGGCGAGAACAUCACAGGUUUGCUAGCUUUUGCCGCUUCAGUUGGGAGAGGGGUAGGGGACGCCAAAGCGCCAUUGCCGGUGACCCUGGAGCGAGUCCGGGUGUCGCCGUGCAUGGCUUCAAACCUGCUCAGCUCCACGGGUCUGAUGUCCUUUCCGUACUGCGGGCCCACCGCAGAACCCUGCCCAACUGGGGCCGUGGAUGCGAAGGAUCUCGCCAAGUCCAAGACUGUCCCAAGAAGCGACAAAGAGUCCGAACCAUUCAGCUGCCUGCCUUCUGUGUCUGCCGCGGCGGCAGCCAUGGCAGUUGAGGAAGUGCACCUCAGCUCCUUGUCCUGUGCCGAGCCUUUAUCGCCAGAGGCGGUGGACAGAGGCAGAGAAAGUACAACCUGUACUCAGAUUUCGGCAGCCCACUCUGCUGCUUGCAGAGUGGAUGCCAUGGAACCUGAGCACGAGGAGCUCUUCCUGGAUGAUGACGCAGAGUCACCGAAAAGUCCAAGCGCGACCCUUGCGCAGUUCUUGAACAGCGCGUGGCGGUCAGUCAAGGAGAUGCCUAGCGGCUAUGGCAGCGGUUUGACGCUGCCACCCACUACCACGAUUAGCCACGGCCUUCAGGCUGGCUUCCUCGAGGAGCCGUGUGUCCCUGCAGAAGUGGAAGUCGGAGCCGAAGAGAUGCACCCAGCAGAGGACCUUGUGGAUGAGGCCGUGCUGGUCACAGAGAACGAUGUGAUUGCACAAGCUCCGUCCUUCGGGUUGGGUCAAAGCUCGAUGCCCAGAGCACAGGAUUUGGACGGCUUCGGCUUCGGCGUUGCCAGCGCGGUGCAAGCGCAUGUCGAGGACAUCGUUGUAGAUGAUGCCCUGGCGGUGGAUGAGGAGCCUGACAUCGAGGAUCAGUUCACCGCUCUGGCCCUGGCCACCGAGCACCUCCAGUCCAUCGAGUCGGAGCUCCAGGCGCACCGCGAUCUCGUUGCCCGAGAAGCGGAGGCGAGACGUCGGCUUGAAGAUGCCUUGGCCGCAGAGAGGCGGCGCGCCGAGGUCGAGGCGCAGGGCCGCCGACGUCUGGAGCAAGAGAUCGAGGCCGAAAAGCAGCGAUUGGAAGACGAGCGACGCAGAAGACAGGAGGAGGCGGACAUGGCGAUUCGCCGGGAGGAGGAGCGCCGCUUGGAGGAGGAGCUGCUGGCUGCAAGGAGGCGAGCAGAAGAGGAAGCGCGGCUUGCAGAAGAGAGAGUUGAGGAGCAGCGGCGACAAGCUGAGAAGCGCAGACAGCUCCAGGAAAUGGAGCAGAAGGCGCGAGCAUCUGCUGCAGAGGCCAAACGAGAAAGAGAGCUCCGGGAAAAGGCGAAGGCCUUCCUGGCGGCUGAAGGAUACCGACACGUGCGCGCAGCACACAAGUGGUCUCCUGUGGCCUCCUAUCCGCUGCAUAGGGCCGUGCAGUGCAACGACCCGGAGAUGGUUAGGCUUCUCCUCUGGAUGGGAGCAGAUGCCACCAAGUGCAAUACCUUCGGGCAGACCCCGAUGGGGUUGGCCAAGUGGCUAAAUCGACGUGAAUCACACGCUGAGGUGGUGGCCGUGCUGCAAGCACAGCAAGCACAGUACUGCAAGAAUCGAAUGUCCGAGGACCCCUGCCUUCCACAGCUGGGGUUCCUGGACCAGUUUGCGCUGGAUCUGAAGAGCCAGCGAGCCAGGCAGCCACCCGGCGGCCCGAUCCCCUGCACCACCGCAGACGUGCUGUCACACCUCCAGGAGCAGAUGGAGCAUGCGGACAAGGCCACCUGCGAACGCUUUAAACAUGUACUGCAGGGAAGCCUCUUUUUGCAGUUGAGGGUAAAUCGUGGAUAUCGUGGCCACUGUCGCAGCGCCAACCCUAGGUCGCUAGGUCGUGCAGGACUCGGCUGUCCUAGAUGCACACAUGCAGUGAGCAUGUCGGGCUCCACAACUUCCAUUCUGGCCCUGGUGACGGCGACGGCGUGA